AUGGCAAGCCAUUUCCUCGAAGACACUCAUCUUUUUCGAUUGCUGAGUGGUGUUUUAGAUUCAAUGGUUGAGAGAAAUCGGCAAAUACUUGCCCUGGAGACCGCAAAGACCCGGGAUAUCUCCAGCCUGAAACAUUGGGUAGAGGGAAACGCUUGUAUAGCCAGGGAAGAGACAGCGUACCUACUACAGCCCAAAGAUUUGCUGAGCACUGUACCAGUGUCAGACGAUGCUGUUGCCCAAGUGGAGGCUUGGCUGGAGGACAAAAUCAUCCACUGGUGGAAGGACUUCCGGGAGCUUCCGUUCCACAACAUCUCAAGAGAUCCAAACGUGUACAUCUCUUCUGGCUCUGCUCUGAGACGAGCGACUAGGUUCCUCAUAGCUCUUCUCUUGGUCAUACUCCUCUUUAUCCCUAUCGUCCUCUGCAGUGCCCAAAACAGCAUGACUGCGCGGAUGGCCGUUGUCGCUAUCGCUGCAAGUUUGUUUAUAGGGAUUGUAUCUAUCAUCAUCAAGGCAAAAUCAAUUGAGAUAUUCAUGGCCGGGGCGACAUACGCCACCAUUCUGGUUGUUUUUGUUGCUGGCACAAACACAAAUCGCAAUUCGUGA